AUGUUGUUUUUCCUAAUAGCAUAUGCCUAAAAUGUGCAAGGCUAAACUUCCAUUUAAUCCCAAGGUGCAAGUGUGACUAUUUAUGAAUCUUUUUCCAACUAUGUGAGAGAUUUCUUCAAUUCUAUAUUUUCUUCUCCCGCUCCAUCUCCAUAAGCCAGCAAUACCACUUCAAAUACAAAUAGCACAAUCAUUCCUUAAACUCCUCCUAUUGAAAAAUAGAACAUCACAAAAGUAAUGAAUUAGACAACUGUGUUGCAAAAUACAACAACAUCAACUGCAACAAUAGUUGAAUAAUAGCCAAUCAAUACUAAUUCAAGCUAGAAUCAAACUAUCAUAACGAUAAGAGAGCAAAUAAAUUAAACUUUACAGCAAUCUCAAGUCUAGUUUGUAAAUGAUUCUGCACAGAUAAUUAGUAACCUAAGCAAAUUCAAUGUCUUGAACUUUGCCAAUGCAGUGCAGUAACCCUAAAUCAUACAAAUAACUCUUAAAACCUCAAUAUUACAAAUCAAAGUAUUAAACAAUUCUUAAAUCAAUCAAACAUUAGAAGUUAAAUAAACUAAUUAGACUACUACUUUGGAUCCCAACCAAACAAAAGUGAUUAUUGAAAACAAUACUAAUAUUAUUCCAGGAUUAAAUUAAUCUCAACCUACCGGGUAAAAUUUGACAAAUAUCUCUACUUUGAUAUUGAAUUCUACAAAUGAUUUGCUGAUUACAGGAUAAAAUAGCUCAACUAUUCCAGUUAUUACUCAAUAAUAAAUUAAUUCAUCUACUAAUUAAAAUGUUUCAAGUCUCGAGAUAUCACUAAAUUAAACAUAGAAUAAUAACACUGCAACCUCUAAUGUCAUUACUUAAAAUAAUACAGCUAUUAUUUAGAAUCAAGAAAUAAUACCUCAAUUGAAUUAAGUAAAUAACUCAUCUAAUGUAUCAUUACCAACAAAUGAGACAACUUAAUCAAUUAAUCAAAAUAACCAAACCUAAGGCACUCCAGCCUAAGUUAUAACAUAUAAUACAACUAUCAAUAUUACUAAAAUAACUAUUAAUUAAACAGUUCCAUAAUAAAUUGACUUGAAUGCAACCAAUUCAAUAAAUAGUAGUAAUUAGAAUUAGUCUGUCUAGCCAAUGUCUUUGAUUUAGGUUAACUCAGCACCAUUCAGCGCUUAAAAUACUUUAAUCUCUACUAAUCCUAAUGAUUAGAAAAGAAGUAGCUAGAGUGAUAAAAUUACCGAUCCACUAAUUAAAACUCAAAAUUAAAGUAAUCCUAGUAUCCAUAUUGGAGAUUCAGUAAACGUUAGAGUAAUUGAGAAUCUUAAUUAGGUUGUCAUCAUUAAUCAAGGAUAAUAGCCUAUUUAAAUUUAUCAAUCUAGUUGGUCUGAUAGCAAUGUACAGCCUAAUAACUAUAGUUCCAUGCAUAAUCCCUAACAGUCUUAGCCAGCUUUAGGUGUAAGUCAAGUUUCUUAUACUUCAGGAUAAAAAUCAUAAUCCAUCUAAUAAGUGGCAAGCUCUCCAAAUACUCUAACUAACAAGUUAAAUUCGGAAGUAAAUAAUUCAUUUAGCUAAAUGAAUGAUGCAAGGAUGAAAUAACUAAAUUUAUUGGAUAGCUACUUAGUUCUAUAAGCAGUUGAACUUAACUGCUCAACUUUAUGUGUUUUCAAUUGUCUCUAUAUUGCUACUACAAUGCAAUCUAAGGUUACUUGUAUGGAUACAUGUCUUUGCUUUGGAAACAAUACUCUAGAUUAAAGUUAAAAUUCACAACCAGUCACUGCAGCUCCUUCAAUUGCAAAGAAUAUUAGUUUGAUAUAGCUUGAGAAAAGUCAUUAUAAGGAUUAGGGAAUGAUUGCCUAAACCAACACUUCAGGAACUAAAAUUCCUAAACUCACUGAGGAAGUCUGCUUCGAGCUACUCUAUUUCAGCAAGCUCACUCAACUUAUCAAUAAUUCAGAGUAUAUGCAGAAGGUAUUGAGUCAUUUGAGAGAUUCAUUCUCAAUCGAGGAAGGUGGCUAGCCAUCGACGUAGUCUCACGACCCCAAUUAUCUUGUCCUUGAUGCAUAUCAUACAGCCACAGUUUCCUUCAAAAAGUUGGAAGCCCUUGUCAGAGUAGAUAAGGGCAGCGAUUCUGAUGAUGCCAUUCAGGAGAUUACCGAUUAUGUAGAGAAAAUGCACAACUCUAAGAAAUCCAAGAGCUCUCAGGAUCUUGUCGCUCUCUAAUCUAAUCUAGUGAAGGAGCCAGUGCGCAUUUACGUUGAUGGAGGCUUUGACUUGAUUCACUCAGGCCAUUAUAACGCAAUCAGACAGGCAAAGGCAUUAGGAGAUAUUUUAGUAGUUGGAGUUAACUCAGAUGCAGAGAUUUUGAGAAAUAAGGGACCAACUGUCUUGACAUGUAAAGAGAGAGCAGACAUCUUAAGAGCAUGUAAAUGGGUAGACGAGGUCCACGAGGAUACUGAGUAUACUGUUAGAAUCGAAACUCUCGACAGAUAUAACUGCCAAUACUACGCUCAUGGUGAUGAUCCAGUGUUUGAUGCUGAUGGAACUGAUAUGUGCGGUCUUCUUUCCUAAAUUGGCAGAUUCAAAAUGUUUAAGAGGACUGAGGGUGUUUCAACAACCGAUAUUGUUGGAAAGCUACUAUUAUUAACUAAGGAUAAUUCUUCAAAGGGAAGAGGUAGAGCAGGCUCAUUUGAGAAGCCUAUGAUCUCAACUGAGUAUGUAAAGGAAGUCAGAAGAAUCGAGAAGGAAGAGGUUAAGAACGAGAACACGAAUCUUUCAUCUUUAGCCCCAGAAAGACAAACUGCUUCAGCUAUUAGCAUUCCAACUUCUCAUUUCUUAGCCACUACUAGAAGAAUCAUGCAUUUUUCAAACAAUAGGGAGCCAAAGGCAACUGAUAGAGUUGUGUACAUCUCAGGCAGUUUUGAUUUACUUCAUAAUGGCCAUAUUGAGACUCUCAGAAAAGCAAAGGCUUAGGGAGACUUCUUAUUUGUAGGCGUUUGGCCUGAUGAAACUGUUAAUUUCUUCAAAGGCAGCAAUCAUCCUAUUCUAUCCUUACACGAAAGAGUCCUUAUGGUUCUUGCCUGCAAGUAUGUAGAUGAUGUCGUUGUUGGAGCUUAAUAUCAAAUUACCAAGGACUUGAUUAAGAGUCUAAAUAUUCAAAAGGUCGUUCAGGCUAAAACUAAGGAAGACAUCAUCCUUGAAGAGCACGCUCACAUUGAUCCAAAUUAGGUAGCAAAGGAAAUAGGCAUUUUUGAAGAAUUCGACAUUGAAACCGAUGUUACUGUGGAGACUAUUGCUUAGAGAGUUGUUGAAAAUAGAGAGAAGUACAAGGCUAAAUACGAUAAGAAAAUUGCUCAGCAAGACAAAUACUACGCCCAAGACAAGCAAUACGUUGCAGAGCUAUGA